AGAUCUUUACGAACUCUUUCUUUAUUAAUAGAAUUGUCGGUCCCGAUUAGAGAUACAAUUAGGAAAAUUACCAGCAGAACUGGUCUCCUGUUGCACCCGGUAUGUUACAACCUCUCGUGAAAUCCCGUGAGAUUAGACCUUUAAUGGCGGACGGUAAUGUCACACAAUCCGGCAGUCAACGACUGUAGCCGACCAUGGUAUCAAGUGUUAUUAGAAGCACCGCCGUUGCACCGGGAAGUUGAUUUGAUAAUAGACCUACCACAAUAGGGAAGGAUUGACACUAUUGACCAGAUUGUGGCAGCGACUGUGCAAGAGUGUUAAAUGCUGAUCGCGAAGGCAGUUGAGUGUAUGUGAGAACUACUUUGACAUGGAUCCAAUAUCUGUCCACCAGUUUCUGCGGGGGAUGAGGCUAUGACUGAAUUGAUGUCUCCCCGUGUUGCACCUGUGUUGACUUAUGUGUUCACGUCCAAGUAACCAGCAAUACGCGCUGGCUUAGGGCACGGGUAUGAAAAAUGGACACGUAUGGGCUUUUUAACCUAGUUGUGUUCUCGAUAUGUGUUCUUGGUUCGGGGACGUUGGGGAGGGUCCGUAUCACCCUCCCCGUCAUCGUGCAUCUGCGACGGGAUCGGGACCACUACGGCCGUCAUCUUCCCGGGGGUAGGACAAUGCCAUCGAGGGACAAUACCUUGCGAAGGUUCUUUCUCCUCCAGGGGCAGCUCAUUCUGCUGAAAGAAGGUGACCCGCAGCAUAUUCUGGACGCUUUCUGUGACACAAUCUUUCCGCUAGAAGCACCUGCUGUCAUCUACAUCAACAACCCCCACUACCACAACGUCAACCCCGCCGCAACGCACUAUUUCCAAAGUCUCACUCAGUAUCUGGGACUUCCGGUGAUAACAUGGAACCCGGAGUACCUGGUUACGUCACAGACCCAUUCCAAGACCCGGAACCUUCUGAUUUCUCCCACCAUCCACCACCAGGUGAAGGCGAUGCUCAGCAUGCUCGGCCGCUACAACUGGACCGACAUUACCGUCGUAACCACCAACGAGACAGGUCAUGCUGACUUCAUAUCAGCAGUCAAAGACCUCACCAGAAUUCCAAAAUCAGCAGAUCCAUACGAUGACAUCAACGACCCUAAACCCAGGUUUCGCAUUUUGGAGACGUUAAUUUUGCGCAAUGUGGGACAUGAAGCCAAACUCUGUCAGGAAAUGCAGCGUCUCCUUGAGGUCGACUCUAGGAUAAUGCUUCUCUACAGUCGCAGGUCACAAACAUACGCCGUCAUGGAAUGCGCGCGCAAAUUGAAAAUUACAGGAUCUGAAUAUGUGUGGAUUUUAUCAAUGGAUUCUGUACCCAAAAACACCAAAACCUGGGUCAGUCCGACCAAGCUGCCUUAUGGAUUGUUCGGUGUGUGGUACGACUACGGGAAGAGAGCUAUGACGGAGGCCAUAGACACUGGUGUGGAGAUCUGGUCAAACGCACUCAAGAUGUUAGCAAAGGAUGCGGGACGGGGUGGCAGCAUCAACCUCCAGACACCUAACUUCACCUGCAGCAGUAACAACACUGGCUUGUGGACAGAGGGUGCAAAUAUGUAUGAGUGAAAAACUUCGAAAUGUUUCCUUCACCAGUAAGGGGGGACAGGAAAUCGACUUCAAUGAUGCCGGACAGUUGUUGCACCCCAAAC